AUGGAAGGGUUUGGCAGCGAGAUCGACUUCCUUCAGCGGCCCCCGGACCCUUCCGCAUACGACGUUUUUCGGUGUCUGUUUCCUGGCUGCAAUGCUAGAUACCGGCGCAAGGAGCAUCUGAAUCGCCAUGAACGAUCGAAACACAUCAAUCAGCAGGCUUUUGUCUGUUCCAGAUGUGGUCGCGAGUUUCAACGAAGUGAUACCCUUCGACGUCAUGUACAAAAGCAGCAUAAAACAACAGAGCCUCUAAAUCGCGCGCGCCGAGCAUGUACGGGUUGCCAGGCAGGCAAGUCUCGGUGUGAAGGGGGCGUGCCAUGCGAGGAGUGUGUUCGUCGCAACGCCCACUGUUCUCUCCAAGACCGUGCUAGUGUUGCAGAAGAUCAACAAACCCGAUCAUCGACCCCGCCUUCGUCAUCUCUAAACCGUGAACAGUCACAGUUAUAUUGGGAUAAGACGAAGAAGUGGGUUGAUCGAUAUUUCGAGAUCUUCCAUCCGCGGUGGCCUUUCAUCCAUAAAGGAUCAUUCGAUGUGCGCCAGGAAACCCCGUUGCUUCUACAAUCAAUGAUAGUUAUAGGCAUGUGGACAUCAGGGGAACAGUCUGCGCAGUCUGCGGCAGUGGAGCUUUAUGAACAACUUGACUUCGCUAUUCGAGAUCAAAGGGAGAAAUGGGAUGCCUCAGAAGUAGAGAAGGCCUGUAGCGCCUGCGUCUGGCCAAUUGCCACAUACCAGGCUAUCCUACUGCAUGUUAUUUUCUCUGUUGUCAUGAAGGCGAAUGGUGUUGUCAAUCUCGACCUCAAAGCGUCUAUCUCCGCUGCUGGUUUAGCAUUACUCAAAUCACUGGUUGGAAGCUGUAGAAGACUGGGCAUGUUCUUUUAUCCGAACAUGCUCGCCAGGUAUAAGGAAGCUGACCUACCCUCAUUGGUCUGGGUGAGCAUUGAGGAACUCAAACGAUUCAAUAUAGCACUCUAUAAGCUUUGUGCAAAAUUGAGCAGCUCUACUACAGAGGACAGGUCCCUGCUACACGCGAGUGAGCUCCAAUUCCCUCUGCCAAGCAAUGAUCCUUUGUGGAAUGCUGUUGGAAGAGAUGAAUGGGAGGCUAAUGCCAAAGAGGAGAAUACGGUUUCUUUGAAAGAUGACCUUCAGGCAAAGUGGAUUUCCAGAUUUGCAGAUGUAUUAGAAUGCAUUGGUUUAUAG